AUGUUGAAAAAAUAGAUAGAAGAAGGAUAGUUUAUUAACGCUUUCAUUAAUAGAAAUAAUAAAUUAUUCUUCUUUGUUUGUUUGAUGAAUUCAAAACAUUUUAUGUAUUAUCACAGAGGUAACUAAAAAAGGGAAGAAUAUUAAUAGGUUAAUUUUUUAUAAGAACAAAUUAAAAUAGUAGGAUAAACAAAUCUUUAGUAGAAUAAUGAGUGGUGGUGGAAAUCUAUUUAAAUUUCAUCUUUUCAAGUUAAUUUUGGUGAUCAAUUUCAAAUGUUUUGA